UUUGGAAGUGUUUACUAUUUACAUUACAGGGGAAAUUUUUGAGAGGCAAUUAAUUUCACGAUAUUUUAAGUAUUUUUUAUAACAAUAUAAUCCAGGGAUUAAGAAAAUGGAUACUGAUAAGGCGCCAUUAAACAGAGCACAUCAGCUCGAACGCAAGGCUGAAACGUUGAAUCGCCAGAAAAAAUACGAUGCGGCGAUCGAAUGUCACAAAGAGGCCGCGGAGUUGUUCAAAAAAUGCCUGGGUAACGGCAGCAACAAGACCAUUAACGAAUCAAUAGGGCUGCAAAAAGAAUGGAACGAAAGACAAAUCCGUUUACUCGAGCUCAAGAAAGCUUACAUGGAGAAAAUGGAAAAAGAAAAGAAGUUCGGUAGCGUAAAUUCUUCGAAAACGUCGCAAAAAGACUUGGAUACUUUGGAGACAAAGAUUUUCAGAGCCAUGGAAACGCACGAUUCUCUGAUAUCAUAUCUAACUCACAGGGAUAAUGUUACUGAUAAAAUUCAGGGCACUAUACAGGAAGAAGAUGAGGACCCACAGUUUAUUAUCGGAAAUAAACAUCCCAAAGACGAAUCAACCGUAAUUGAAGAACUGAAAUUGUUGAGUGGACAAUUGAGGGAAUCAGUGCAUGGACUUCUAAUACAGUUAGAUGAUAGAAAUAAGGAAAUUGAAUCCCUCAAGUCACGUAUCUACCAGCUGGAAUUUGAGAAAUCCACUAAAGAAGAAAUCACCACGAAUAAUCUAAGAGUCACUACAGACUCUAGUGGAGGAACGUCACCUUUUGUUUUUUCUCCCAUGACAGAAUUAAGUCCCGAUAUACCCGAAUUAUCAAGUUUACCCAUUCUGGAUUUGAAACCGAUGCCCGAGUUUGAUAUUUCUCAGUUGAGGCAAUUCAGUGUUCCAGAAGUUAGUAGUAAACUACUGAGAAGGGACUAGCAUUUUCUGAUUUAACAAUAAAAUAUAACAUAAUAAACUGUUUUUUUAAGUACAAAUUUACAGGUUAAGGUUUGAUUUUUGACUGAAUUAGAUAUAUUUGUUUUGUGACAAAAAUUAAACACGGAUUGUUUAUUUUUAAGCAUAAUUUAAUAAAAAUAUCUGCGAGAAGAAACUAGUUUCACACUAAUUUCUAUCUUUACAAAGUAACAAACAAUAGUAAUAAAAAAAAUAAUAUAAUUUCAGAUCUAAAAAUGAUUUUUUCAACAUCAAGUAGAGUACGUUGUGUAUACUAUACUCUGUAUAAAUUACACAGACACCAGGUCAACAUGUAGAGGUAAUAUAAAUAUUUUAGAACGCACUGUUAAGUACUUUUGUUGAAAUACUUGCGAGAUAUGUUGAUCUGUAGAUAUAUUACAGUGGUACUUAUUUUUCUUUGGUUAUAUAACUGGACAUACUUUACAAUAUAAUAGCAGAAGAAAUAAAAAAAUAAUACCAGUAUUUUUAGUACUUAAAACAUCUCUAAGGUUAUAUUUAAGUAAGGUACCUAAUUUUUUUUCGGGUUGGAGAGACUAGUAAAAAUAUUUAUCACAUCGUUCUUCUGCUCAUCUCUAUACAAUAGCAAAAAAUAUAGUUUCCUCAUAAUAUCCCAAACUCUUCAACUGAGUUCAACAAAGGACAAGCUAAGGGAAGCUUAAAAAAAACUUUUUUGUACAGGGUCAUACACAAAGAUUGGGGAAGGUAGUGUAUGAGAGUGAUUAAACAGGAGUAUCAUUGUGGUGGGAUAAAAAUCAGGGAGAAUAAGGUGGAGGAGGAGUCAAAGAAUAAGGAGGAGGGGGUGUGGGGCUCUGGAAAUGGCUUUCGUCGUCGAAGCCA